AACUCAAUCUGACCGACAAAUGCCUGGACGGUGUGCUGAACAACAACAACUACGAGUCAGAGAUCCUGCAGAACUACCUGUCCUCCAAAGGGAAGUCAUGGAGAGACGUGCUCCAGGAGUCUCUGCACGCCUUACAGCAGGGCAACUACUACCUGUCAGACUGCCGCAUCUCUCCAAACGCCAUCCUGUGCUACUGCUGUGGCCUGCGGUCCUUCAAGGAGCUGGCCUACAAGUUCAGACAGAACAUCGCUGCUCCUGAGCUGCCAGCUGCUGUUACAUCUCGUCCCGACUGUUACUGGGGACGCAACUGUCGCACGCAGGUGAAGGCGCACCAUGCAACGAAAUUCAACCACAUUUGUGAGCAGACGCGUUUCAAGAGCUGAAGCAGCGGAGCGGUCUGUUCCUCCUCAAGUGUCAAAUGUAGAUAACGGAGCAUCUCAUAGACGUUUUAUUUUUCUCCAUUGUAUCCUACUGCCUUCCAGAUAUUAUGCAAUAAUAACCUUAAUGCAGAAAUUACAAUCAGUAUCCAUUAGUAAUAGUGACCAGUGUGAAAUAAUGACUUUGCACAAUAACAUUGAUGUUUACUAGAACUAUUUUUUAACAGCCACCAUUUAUAUACUGAUCACUUUUACCCGUGGAUAAUGCAUCUUCAAUUAACCACCAACUGUUAGAGUAAUUUAUUUCUACUUCCUGUUAUGCCCUCCAGCCUUUAUGUCAAAAAUGUUUUCUCAGAUUAAGAGCGAGUGAGGCAAUCUGAAUGGAAUAAGGCCAUUUACUGUAUGUACGCACAUGUAUGUUAGCAUGUUAUGUCUCCUGUAGCCUUAAGGCUUAAAACACCUGAUGUAUAUUUACUUUGUGACAUGUUUUCAGUCUAUGGCAUGCUGAGUUAAGAAUCCAGGGCUUCCUAUAUAAUGCUGAUGAUACUAGUUUUAUCAUUUCAGGUGAAAAAAAGAUCCUAGUUUUGAAUUAUAUUCUAAACGUCUGGGACUUUUCCUGUUUCUCCACCGGCAUGAGUGUGUUCCCAGACUCGGGCAAAAAGCCACGUCGAAGCCCUGCAUACAUACUAGAGUAGAUUUAUCAUCUCAUGUGAUAUUUGUAGAGGAUUGGGAGGGGGAUCAAUGAGUUGUAACGCUGUCAGAGGGCAGGGGGGGGGGCUCCUUUGUAUGCUUUGCUCUGGAUAAUCAUCUCCAAGGUGAUUAAUGUAGUGUAAAAGGGACGCUUUCUCCCAGCCUUGUAGUAAGAGCUUAGCUGUGAGGAAAUGCAGUUACUAAUAGGUGGUAACGAAAUAUGCUCCCGGGGGACGUUGCUCUUAGAGGUGGUGGUGGGCCACCCGUAGAGGAGAGUUUUACAGCAGAAACGUGCCAAUACAAACACAACCGUUGUCAUUUGUGUUUAAAUGAUAGAUUUCUAGCUUACUUGGCAAGAAUUUCGAAGGACGUUUAUUCUGAUUACUAGAUUUUCUCUCGUUCCUCAGGUUCACAAAGCUGCUGUUGUUGUUGUUUUAAAAGGUGCCCUAUUAUGCUAAUGUUUAGGUUUCAUUAUCUGUCAGUUGUGACAAUUUGCUUUUAUUGUUGAAAAGCAGCGCCUCUUUUCAGCCUCUGUCUGAAACCAGAGCCCAGUCUGCUCCGAUUGGUUAGCUGGCCGGCUCUGUUUUGAUUGGUCAACCGUUAUGAGAUGUCCCGCCCCUUAGUCUAUCACGGAAAAUGUGUUGGAGCGCUAGCCAACAGGAGCACGAGUGUUAUAGAGUGAUGUCACUGAAACCUAUACACCACACUAAAGGAAAGGACACCUGGAAGCAUAACGGGGCCUCUUUCACUCCGGGUAAACCAAGUUAAUGAUGAAUCUGAUGACUUCUCUGUCAAAGUGUCAAAGUCGCUAUCAUGCAAAGCUGCAGAUAUAGCAUAAUGUCUACCGUAACAAAACAAAUCUGACUUUUAUUUUGCCGAGAUACAUUCGGAACAUCCGGACAUCAGUUUCAAGAGGCCUUAUACAUGUUGAAAUAUGAGGAUAAGUUGUAAUCUUGGUUGUCUUUUUAUGUAGGACCUUUCGGUGUGUAGGAAAUGUUCAAAGCUCAGGCCUUUAGUUGAUUUAGGAGAAUACGCACUAAAUAUGUUUUAUAAAUGUGUUUAUAUUGUACAACUAUGAGGACAUUUGCACAUAACUUCUCUCAUCCAAAUGAACCAGAAAUCAUUUAGGAGCUGUCUUCCAGGAUCAUCAAAUCUGAUCCUAUGAAGGGUUUGAGUCCAGAAUAAGAUAAAUAUGUUUAAUAGCCUAGUUACGAUAAUAUGCAUUUGCGAGUAUACAGUACAAGUAGCCAGAGUCAAUAUGGAUGCAGUAUUUGUUGUUUUGGAAAUGCAGCGCUUCCUGUUUUCGGCUCCUGUUAGCAAGGUGCUUUAGGUGGUUCUUGUUGUUGUUGUUUUUGCCCCCCCCCCCGGUCAUGGUGGGUCCACACUGGCAUUUGCACAUAACUUCUCUCAUACAAAUGAACCAGAAAUCAUUUAGGAACUGUCUUCCAGGAUCAUUAUAUCUGAUCAUAUGAAGGGUUUGAGUCCAGAAUAAGAUAAAUAUAACCUUUUUUACUAGCCUAGUUAAGAUAAUAUGCAUUUGGGAGUAUACAGUCAAAGUAGUCAGAGUGAAUAUGGGUGCCGUAUUUGUUGUUCUUGGAAUGCAACGCUUCCUGUUUUCUUUGCGAGUGUUUGUGUCGGUUCCUGUUAGCAAGGUGCUUUCAGUGUUUCUUCUUGUUGUUGUUGUUUUUUCUCACACUGGCAUUCCUCAGCGGCUCAGCCUUCAGCCGCACGACAGAGUGGCUGCAUUUUAAUGGUUCCCUAGCGGGGAUCUCUAAGCCAACAACAGUGCCGAGCCGCUCCAAUCAGGAAUUGGUAAUAAAGAGGCUUUGGAGGCGCGCUUUGCAGCCCCCUGGGGUGGGCUGUGGGGGGCAUGUUGGACACCGAGGCAAAUAUUGACUCACUCUGCGAAAGUCUCGGUGUGGAGGCAGGUCUCACUCUACCUCAUCACAUCUCCUGGGAAAUAAGGGAGACUGAACAUGCGUCAGUGCAUACCUGAUGCCUCGGUAUGCACUGCACUAUUUGAAAAGUUAGGAUAAAAUCACGUUCUAGUUAAAUCACAUUAAGAACAUGUGUGAGGUUUGCUUCUUUACCCUGUUUGUUGUAUUAGCAAUGCUAAAGUUGUAUUUGAAAUGGAUAGGAUUUUCCUUUUUAUCCGAACAAAAUAAAAGACAGCUGUCUGCGCAAA